AUGAGGACACCAAAGGAGUUUUAUAUCACAACACUCCAGGAGUUCGUGUCGCAAAGCAAGUGGUCUGAAUUAGAGGAGUACCUGAAACUUGUCAUUGACAACAAACCUGCCCUGGAUAACGAAGCUGAUGAGGGUCUUAUUUUGCGGCAUGCGUCGCUUUUCUUACAUUGUCGCAGAGGUCAACUUUCACUAAUUCAACAUGAAGGGCAUCAGCAAGCUGUUAGUUAUCUGGAAAGUUUUGUAAUGGAUGCAAUAACAGAUUAUUUGUGGCUAUACUUCCCAGAAAUCAUUGGAUGCUUGAUGUGCCAAAAAGAGUUUGAGACCAGGUCCACAAACUUCUUCAAGCCUCACAUUCAUGUGUGCGGAAAUGUGACAAAGAAUGUCACCAAAAGGUUGGAGCGACUUAUGCUUCUGAAAACAGGGACAAGCUUUGACAAGGGGCCAUCGGGUAAGAGAAGGAGAACUGUCAAUGAUGGACAAUCAUAUUCUCUUGGAGACUCCAGUGGACAUCAGAACAAGGACAUAGGUGGCCUAAUUGAUAUUGCAACCAAACUUCUGUCAGAUCUUGCUGCUGUGUAUCACCAACUAGAGCGGAACCCUAAUCAGUUUGGCAAAGCUCAUUUGGAACUACAAAAGAUACUUGCAAGUAUUAGAGCCAAGGCCUCAUCUUCUGAGCGAGGUGAGUUAUUACCUGCAGCAGGCCAAUCCUCUCUUCUUGGAGGUGCAUAUUUCCAGCCUGGUGCGCAGGUCUUGCAGCAGGGGACAUCUAAUUACUAUGGUUUCCAUGGCUCUCUACCUACUGGAGUUCCAAGUCUUCGUCCUUUGCUGCAGCAGCAACUGCGUAACUAUGAAACUGCCCAACAGCCGCAUGUGCUCAUGCAGCAGCAACAACAGCAGUUGCUACAGCAGCAGCAGCAAUGGGUCCUGCAACAGCAGCAAUACCAACAAGUCUUGCAACAGCAACAAUACCAACAAGUCCUGCAGCAGCACAAAAACCAACAAGUCCUGCAGCAGCACCAAAACCAACACCAACAUCUACAGCUACAACACCAACUUAACAGUCAAGCUACCCAACAGCCACCACUCCUUCAGGAGCAGCAACACCAACAGCCACUAGUUAACAACCAAGGUGCUCCUGGUCCUCUAGACCCCGGUUUUCCAAGCUUUGAUAUAGAAGAUUUCCUGCUGAAUACAGAAGAUUAUGAAUUACUGCUGGAAACAAAUGAGCCUGGCUUACUGCAAGAACAUCUACCGGGAGGUCUUGGUCUGCACCGCCAGGUUCCUCUGCCACAGCAACCGCCCGUGCCGCAACAACUUGGUGUGCCUGCUCCGGCGCAGCCUCCUGUGCCUCCACAGCAACAUGUAGCGCCUGCUGUAGUGCCUCCACAGCAACAUAAUCAGUCUUAGGCGACGGCCUGAAAAAAAGAACACCGACCUUUUGUGCAACCUGGUCUUACACUAAUCAGCAUCACUGUUCAAUUUCUGUGGAUCUUUAUAAUCUCUAGAUUCUAGCUGCGGUAUGCAGGCAUAUCUUACCACAUUCUAAGAUGAAAGGUAGUGCAUCUCCGACUGUGCAUUGCAUACUUUUAG